UUAUUUCUUGUCAAAUCCACAUUGCCUGCCUUUACUUAAGCAAUUCAAUUGGGAAUAGCAAAUUGCUAUUUGCUUACAUUGUGCUGCUACUUUUUCUCGGUGUUACAGUUGAGAAAAAAAUCCUCAGAUAUGGCUUUUGCUGCUCUUCUUUCUCUUAUGCACGUUCUAGAGCAAAACAUUCAACAGAAAUAUACAUUUCUGAAUCGUCCUGUGAAAAAACAAAUUGCUUCUCUUCUCAAAAAGGUCAUUUCCCUCCAAGAUUUUCUUGAAAAGUGUUCCCAACAGAGCAGCGAAACAAUAGAAAGUUUGGAGAAUCACAUCAGGGAUGCAGCACAUCUAGCAGAAGAUAUAGUUGAAUCCUAUAUAGUGGAUCGACUUCUUCCUGAAUCAGCAAGUAACAGGGACAAGAUCCUCAUAAUGUUCUGCUCUAACUUGGAGAAAGUAAACGAAGAAAUUGGUUCAUUAUUGAAACAGGUGGUGAAGAUUGUGAUCAACGUUGUCUUAGAAGAUCAACAGCCAAGGACUUGGAUGCCAUCAAAAACUGCUCUCGGUGGAAACAGACUUAUUGUUGGCCUUGAUAAUGACCUGAUGGAGAUUAAGACUCAGCUGGUUAGUAGAUCGUCACACCUUGAAACUGUCUCCGUUGUUGGAAUGGGCGGAAUGGGUAAGACUACUCUCGCGAAAAAAGUUUAUGAUGAUGCACUUAUCCAAUAUCAUUUUCAUAUUCGUGCAUGGGUGACAGUGUCUCAAGAAUAUAGUGUGCAAGAAAUCAUACUAAGCCUUUUAGAUUCCAUACCAAAAAACACUGAUAAGAUGCAUGAAAAAGAAACUCACACGAUGCAUGAAGAGAAUACUGAGGGAUUAAAAGAACUUCUAUACAAGAGUCUGAAGGGAAAAAGAUAUCUAAUUGUGAUGGAUGAUGUGUGGGAUGACAAGAUUUUGGAUGAAUUACAACGACCAUUUCCGAAUGACAAGAAUGGAAGCCGAAUCAUGCUGACUACUAGGCUUGAACAAGUUGGACUUUAUUAUCCCAAGUCUUGUCCUCAUCACAUGCAUUUUCUAAACGAGGAUGAAAGUUGCAGUUUAUUUUGUGAGAAAGUGUUUGGAGAAAAUAGUUUCCCUCCUGAAUUAGAAACUGUUGCGAAGAAUAUUUGCAGAAAUUGUCGAGGCAUUCCACUCUCAAUCGUUGUGAUUGCAGGGUUCCUUUCAAAGGCCAACAGAACACAUCAUGAAUGGGAAAAGAUUGCUGAAAGCAUAAGUUCCACAAUAACUUCAAAUGAUGAGCAGUGCUCAGGAGUAUUGUACUUAAGUUAUAACAAUUUGCCUCGUCAUUUGAAAGGUUGUUAUCUCUACAUGGGAAUUUUCCCAGAAGAUUUUGACAUCCCUGUCUCCUUACUUUUCAAGUUAUGGAUUGCCGAGGGAUUUGUGAAGUCCAUGGGAUCUAAAACUAUUGAAGAUGCGGCAGAAGAAUACUUAUUGCAUCUUGUGCAAAGAAGUCUUGUUAUGGUUUCUAAGGAGAGCUCCAGAGGUAAAAUAAAAACAUGCAAGCUUCAUGAUCUUUUAAGGAACUUAUGCACAAAUGAAGCUAGAAGAGGAAACUUUUUCAUGUCAGCAGCCAUGGAACUCCAUUAGACGUUAGACGUCUACGCCGUACAAUUAUUCAUCAAGGAAAAAGCAUUGGAAUUGGACACCGGGUAAGUAUCCAUCCAGACAAAAACUUUCUUCCUGGUGUUAAAAGACCAUCAACUCCAUUACCACGGUCAAUUAGAUCGGCAUCUUGUCACAAAAUUUGUUUAUUUUCGGCUACUCAAAGUAUUGUAUAUCCACUAUAAAAUGUUCGAUUUGCCAAAAGAAAUAAUGGAACUAGUGAACUUGCGGUGCAUUGAUGCCAGAUGUACUGAGGGAUGGUAUCUUGCAUCAAUAGACAAACUUCAGAAUCUACAAACCAUCAUCCUUCAUUCUUAUAAGUCAUUUCAACUACCACAACAAAUAUGGACGAUGCGACAAUUAAGGCAUGUCCAGUUUGGGGAUUCUAUCACUCUUCCUUGUCCUCCCAUGGCAAGAGUUAAGGGAGAAAUUUCUGUUAUUGUUCUAGAAAACCUACAAACACUUUCGGUCUUAGAAAACUUCAGAUGUACAGAGGCGGUGCUAAAGAGAAUUCCAAAUCUGAAGAAAUUAGGAGUCCGUUAUUCUGGUCCACCGGAGGCACCACUGGAUUGGGGAUAUUACCGUCUCCAAAAUCUUGCCCGUCUACAUAAGCUUGAAUUAUUAAAAAUCAAGUUUUCAAAGCCAUCCCCCUCUUUCCUGCAGAACAUUACUUUUCCGACAUCACUGAGAAAGUUAACUUUAGAGGGCUGCUGUCUUCCUUGGGAAAAUAUGACAAUUGUUGGUUCAUUGUCAAAUCUUCAUGUGCUGAAAUUGAAAUAUAAAGCCUUCGAAGGCCCAGAGUGGGAACCAAUUGAAGGGGAAUUUUAUCAACUUAAAUAUCUACUACUUCAGGGACUUGAUCUGAAGCAUUGGACUGCUGAAGAUAUCCACUUCCCGAAACUUCGGCAAUUAGUCAUUUGUUGGUGCUCAAAUCUGGAGAAGAUCCCUUUUGGUAUUGGAGAAAUUCCAACUCUGGAUUUAAUAGAAUUGCGUGACUGUAGCCCUUCCGUUGUUACUUCAGCAAAGGAAAUACAAGAAGAGCAACUGAGCAUGGGAAACGACUCCUUGAGAUUAAGAGUUGUCACCAGCCAUUUCGGUGAUGACCAGUACCCUGCUCAUGACUAUGCAAGAGAUCCGGGAUGUAUUGUGAUGUAAACUGAUGCUUUGAGGAGGGACUGAAUUGCUACUCUGUUCUGUUAUGCCAUCAUUCAUUGAUGUUUAGGGUGCUUCAUUGGGGUGUUGGAGCUGUUGUUGAGACAUACGUAGGAUUUUUGUUGCAGUUAAGAUUUUAUGCCCUUGUUGACGCCUCGUAUAGCUAACAUGCGGGUAUUCGUCACAUGCUUUUAAAUCGAUCGUAUGUGCCUAGGCAGAUUGUAAUGGUGGUAGUUUGCCAAAUUUACAAUUUUGCGAGCUCAUUUUUAAUUGUAGUGGUACUUUCAAGUUUAAAUAUUUUAAUUAAUGAUGUAUAAGGUAGCCUUGUUUUUGGCAUCUCUGUCAUCUAAGUUUCCUCUAUUGAAAAAGGAACAAAAAUUUUAAUUGUUAA